GGCUAGGUAUAGAAGCAGUUGGAAAGAAGACGGCUGCACCGUGCUUCCGCAGCGGUGUACACUGUACAGUGUACUAAGUUCCGUCCUCUCUUACCGAUGAUCAUGAUCCUCAUGGGGCGUUUUUGGGCAUCAUUCAAAGCACUUCGUUCCAUUCAGCUGGAACGAUGGAGACAACCGCACCAAUCGUCCUAUUUGGCUUCAGUAUUCCCAGAAUUGUCAUUCCAGCAUCCGCCCAAGGACUACAUGAUAGUGGGUAUCUUUCGGCCGGGAAUGGACACUAGAACGACGGAUAGGGGAGGAUCAUUGACUGAAUGGGCACCUCGUAGGUCCACAUUUAGUGUAUAUACAACUGACCUACUUAUUAUCACCGCCUCGCGAUAUAAUGGUGAAGUUGCCUUGUCAAUAUGUCAUAUCACACUACAUAAUCGGUACCAUACAAUUCGCGCCAACCCUAGGUACUUGUUUGGAUCAACAAGUUAUCCCCAGAGUGCACAAUCAAGAGAACAUCUUCUCGUAUCUGGACUGGCGGAGAAGUCGACUGAAAAAGCCACUAUUCCCCAAAAGGAUCAUUGAGGGUCUCGGAUUUGGACCAACACGAUCAGUUCGGAUAGGACAGAGCGGUGGCGAAGAGAUAGUUAUGGGCCGCCGUGAUCUCUGCAGAGCGCAGAUAGUCCCAGAAUGGGGGAGGUACUACUGGUAUUUAGCAGUGCCUAGUGGCCAACUAAAACAUGGCA